AUGUCAUGGGUAGCUCAGAAUGCGCGCCACGGCAGCGCAGAGACCAAUGCAGAUUACAGCAACGGCCGGGGUGAAAUGCAGGCUACUAAUGCCUCCGGGCCCCCCACCUCCAUGCUAGUCUCCGAGGCUCCCCAGGGCCCUGAGAUUCCUAUGGAUCCACAGGGGGCCAGCGCUCCCCAGGCUGCGCAGGACCCGAAUGACAUCGAGGUUCUCAUCGAUGAGCAGUCCCGACGUUUGGGGGCGCUUAGGGUCCACGACCCUCUAGAAGACGGUCGGUUGCCUUGGUGAAUUUCAUUGCGCAUGAAAAAUCAAAGUGAGGGGUCUAUCCGGCAGUCAGACAUGCUGGAGUUUCUCAGAGAAUACUCAGAUCAGUUCCCUGAGAUACUCAGACGAGCCUCAGUUCACCUGGAUCGGGUCUUUGGGUUGAAUCUGAGAGUUCUUGAACCUCAGACUGACACUUACAACCUAAUCAGCAAACCAGGUCCCCAGAACUAUGAACGGCUAGCAGAGACCCUGGACAUGCCAAAAGCAGGUCUCCUGGCCUUGGUCCUAGGGCACAUCCUCUUAAAUGGCAACCGGGCAAGGGAGGCCUCCAUAUGGGACCUGCUGGUAAAGGUUGAAGUGAUGGAUACGCCUCAGAGGAUCAACAAUCUCUUUGGGAACACAAGAAACCUCCUCACUACUGACUUUGUCCGUAUGCGAUUUUUGGAAUACUGGCCAGUAUAUGGCACUAAUCCCCUUGAAUUUGAGUUCCUGUGGGGCUCUAGAGCCCACAGGGAAAUCACAAAGGUGGAAGCCCUGAAGUUUGUAGCAGAGGCCCAUGAUGAAGAACCCUGGAGCUGGCCAGAAGAAUAUAGUAAGGCUUUGGAAGCUGACAAAGCCAAAGAGAGAAGCCAGGCUGCUGGCUUAGAGUUCUGGUCAGAGGACACUAUGAAUGAUAAAGCAAAUGAGUUGGUCCUGGCCAUUAAUGUCACCGAGGAGUUGCUGCCUAUACAUCAGGAUGAGCUGUUGGCUCAUACUGGUAAAGAGUUCGAGGAUGUGUUCCCAAACAUCCUCAGCAGAGCCACUCUCAUCCUUGAUCUGUUUUAUGGGUUCUCUCUGAUUGAGGUUGACACCAGCGAGCACAUCUACCUCCUUGUCCAGCAGCCAGAAUCAGAAGAGGAGCAAGUAAUGCUAGAGAGCCUGGGCAGACCCCCCCAAGAAUACGUGAUGCCGAUCCUGGGUUUGAUCUUCCUGAUGGGCAACCGUGUCAAGGAGGCCGACAUCUGGAACUUGCUCCGGAGAUUUAAUGUGGAUGUAGGGAGGAAGCAUGCUAUCACCUGUAAGCUGAUGAGGCAGCGUUACCUGGAAUGCAGGCCACUCUCCUACUCUAAUCCGGUUGAAUAUGAGCUGCUUUGGGGUCCUCGGGCUCACCUUGAAGUCACCAAAAUGAAAGCCUUGGAAUACAUGGCUAGGCUCUACAGAAAGAGGCCACAGGACUGGCCAGAGCAAUACAGGGAGGCCAUGGAAGAGGAAGAGGCCAGGGCCAGAUCCGAGUCAACUGCCAUGUUCUUCUUUGGCUCCAUGUGAAGUCUGAUGUUUCACUUUAG